GAGCGCUGCCGCUGCUGCCAGGUCCAGUCACCGCGGAGCCGGACGCCGCCGCCUCACGGAGACUGUGCUCUGUGGUAUAAAAAUAAUGAAAUUUGAAUGAAAUCCUGAUCUGUUAUCAGUGAUGAGGCAGUAGUUUAACUUCAUUCUACCUGAUUCAGACUCUUAACAAUAACCUAAAAGUAUUAAUAAAAGUGGCUUUGGGUGAUGCAAGGGUCUCGAUGCAAAUAUCCUUGCAGGGCUGUAAUUGUUAAGGCAGCAUCUCUGUCUUGCUGGCUCCAUUGUGCAGCAUUAUGUAAUCUUAGACACAAGCACAGGAAGGCUGGCAUCUGAAGCUGGGUUUGUUCUUGAGCGCUCUCAAUCACUGCAAGAACAGAUGCAUUAAACCUAAAAUGUAUGCUUAGAUCAUUUUUUUAGAGCAUCAUUCAAACUACCAACUCAGAGCUAUGUUUGAAUCCGAAUUUUAUUUUUGUGGAUGUGAAUAUAUCUAUCUGUGUCUCUGGAACAAUCAUGAGACUAUCCCUCCAGAACACCCAUCUUAAUUAGAAGUAGCGCUGUCAUGUAGGGUUACAUGACUGUGUAAACAUUAACUAGCUACUCGCUCUGCCAAAUGGAAAUUAAAGCAAUGAGGACUUCAAGCUGGUGUGAGCUGCUUAAUAACAUGCUUUGGCUGGCCUCCAUUGGACUGGGUCUGUUGCAGCACUGUCAGGCUCAGCCAUACUGAUGAGCUACGGGAGGUGUUCAGAAAGGGGGGAGGCUGGAGUAGACUCUGUCUAGAGGGGUUCCUUCCAACAUCAGUUUUGUGAUUCUGUUCCAGAGGCUAUCAUCUGAAAGCUGCUUUUGAGAUCUGACUUCAUUUGAGUAGUGAAAAUGCCUUCAAUUAAACUGCAGAGUUCAGAUGGAGAAAUCUUUGAAGUUGAUGUUGAAAUUGCAAAACAGUCUGUAACUAUAAAGACUAUGCUGGAAGAUUUGGGAAUGGAUGAUGAAGGUGAUGAUGACCCAGUCCCUCUUCCAAAUGUUAAUGCAGCUAUCUUAAAAAAGGUGAUUCAGUGGUGCACCCAUCACAAGGAUGAUCCACCUCCUCCUGAGGAUGAUGAGAACAAAGAAAAAAGAACAGAUGACAUCCCUGUGUGGGAUCAAGAGUUUCUGAAAGUAGACCAAGGAACGCUUUUUGAACUUAUCCUGGCUGCAAAUUACUUGGACAUCAAAGGUUUGCUUGAUGUCACAUGCAAGACAGUUGCAAACAUGAUCAAGGGAAAAACUCCAGAAGAAAUUCGCAAGACAUUCAAUAUUAAGAAUGACUUCACUGAGGAGGAAGAAGCACAGGUACGUAAAGAGAACCAGUGGUGUGAAGAGAAGUGAAGUAUUGUGCCUGACACUCGAACACUGUAAGGAUUGUUCCAAAUACUAGUUGCACUGCUCUGUUCAUAAUUGUUAAUAUUAGACAAAUGCAGCAGCAAAUGAAGUUGUGUUAGCAGGAUAUUGUUCCCUUUGCAUGUGUAGUGGUUUUUUUGAGUACAAAUUUAAAUCUUCUGAGUUUUUACUAGUAUAAUUGGAUGUCUCUUUACUCUGCAAUGAAUAAAACUGAACUAAGUGUGGAUUCUGUAUGGAAAGUAGCACUUAAGGUUGUCAUUUUCAUUACACUUUUAAACUGUUCAAGUCCAGUUACAGUGCUAAAGAUUGACUCCAUUGUAAAUAAAACCACCUAUGACUUCUUCCUCAAGAAGAACAAAAUGCUUGUAUUUACAGGGUAUUGAUAGCUUCAGAAAGAAAACCAAACUAGAAUGUGUCUUGGGGAACUAGAUAAAGUAAAAAAUCCUGGAUUUCUUACAAAAACAUUGUGGGGAAAAUUAGUGUUAUUAAAGCUAUAUAACUUUCAAGAUGGUUCUUGUCCUGCAUUUAAAAAAAAGGAAAAAAUAUUUGACCACUUUCUUGUCCUGUUAGUCUUGCCUUAUAGACUAGUGAAAGAUGUGAUCUAGAACUAAGCAAGCUCCUGACAGUUAAAUUUGAAUACUUCAACCAUGUCUUGAAGACCUGCCUCUAGCUGGUAGCAGAUGAAAAGUGUGUUGCUUUAUGCACAGGAUGGGUGUGUUUUUAUAUGUUACUGUUAAAAGUGGAAUCCAGGUUUGACCAAAAAAGACUGACAUUACCAAAGUUAAUAUUAUUGACCUGUGCAUGCCAUUAGUGGCUGGUUUUUAGGCAAUUUUAAAGAACCCUUGUGAUGUAGCUCUUUAAAACAUGGUUUCAUGUGUCCAUGGGAAAUCUUAGGCCUCUGUGAUACUUCAGCUUGUAGAGACUUAAUUAUUGCAUACAAUGCUAAUGCAAUAUCAAGCUUAACUUCUUUGGACAAAGCCACUUGCAACUAGUUAAAGUAACUGGUUUUCUGAUUUUUAUUUUUUUUUUACAGUUCCCUUAUAGGGAGUAGGGGAUGGUUGUGUGGUAGGUCUUUGAGGUGUGCUCUUAGCUUGUAUUGCAUUCCAUUCUCUGUAUAAACUUUAGAGUAGAAUAAACCUUAAUAAACAUACUUAUCUCACUUUAAAUAUCAGUGUUUCACUUCUGAAUUAAUAAAGGGCUUUUAAACUUUUGUUUGCAAA